AUGGAUGAGCUCAAAGGACAGGAGUCUCCCCGACCAAGGUCCUCUUCUCCCACUGCUGGCACCAGGGGCCCCAGCCUGUGGGAGCAGCGCCCCCGCAUCUUUCUGGCCCCAGGCUGCAGAACCGGCCCCGGCCGGCGGAGGCGCUACGGGGCGGCGCCAGCGCUUUCCCACAGCUCACAGGCGGCAGAGGCGGGCGGCAGAGGCUGCGCCCCCUCCCCUGCGCGCCUCCUGGUCCUCGGGGUCAGACGGCCGCGGCCUGGGACUCCAGAGCUGGGGGCUGCGGGUGUUCUCGGCGGCCGCCGCAGCGUCCGCGGCGACUUCUCGGUCCUCGCGGCCUCGCAGCCAGCGCUCGGGCCGGCCGCCGAAUGCCCGUGGACGCGCAUCUCCUCCCCGAGUUCCUGCUUCCCGGGCCAGCCAAAGCCGCAGAGAGCAGAGGUCAGCAGGAUCCUGUCAGCCCAGAGACACACCUGGAGAAAUUACAGGGAACUACAUAAAGCCUUUUCUCCUGUGAGUGUCUCCAAGAAGGAGCAAGCUAUCCCAGUAAAGAAACGCCUGGUUCGGAGACUUAGAGCGACUAUGGCUGCUGCCCCUACAUCGCACAUGCCUGUCAAAAAAUUGGUUGUAGAAGAAGGAGUUCCCACUGGAAAGAAUACUGUGCACCAGCUGCAGGACCAGGUUGACGCAGCAACCCAGGAGAUGAGCUCCCAAGGGCCUGUGCUGCUGAGCCAGCUCCCAGAAACAACAUCUGUGCCAGAGACCAAUGGGAAACAACUGAUGGUGUCCCUUUCUGGGGAGCCCCAUGGGCCCUCUGCCGUGCCAAACACGUGUCCAAGCCUGAUUCUUCAGCCCUGCGCCACCACUGAUCCUAUGCUACUGCAGCCACAGGGCCCCAGUGCCUCCAACCAGGCUUCGGUUUCUGCUACCUUAGAGUGGCAGGAGAUGCUGGAGGCUGCUGAAGCUCUGCUGGCUCUGAAGAAUUCUUCUCAGACACGUCACCAGCCCUGUGGCAUGCCAGGUACUGCUGGAGAGAGGGGAUUGCAGCUGGCCAACCCCUCUAUGCCACCAAGGCCUACUAGCUCUGGUUCGCUGCCUUCUGGACAUCUGGAUUGCAUGUCCCUCUUGACCUAAGAACCCAGACUUUGAGGCCUUGCUAGAGCACUGCCUAUUUGAUUCCUCUUUCUGAACUUGCAAAAUGGCUCUUGUCCAAAGUGCUUAAUGUGAUUUUUAAGCAUUCAGGUAUUUUAUAAGCUUUCAGAUCCUUUUUAUGAUGUAGGACAAUGAUGUAGGCUUUCCUAUGUUCUUUACCCCCAUCCCUUAUUUCUUUGGAAGCUGGGGCUUUUUAUGUGUCUUAUAACAUGCUUUGUGCAAUCUAAUAUGAUCAAUCAAUCUAUCAAUGGGGUUCUGAGUGGUAUCAAAUGCCAGUGUUUUCCUUUGUGUGCUCUCACUCGCACACAUAUCUGUGCACUACUGUACUUUAACAUGCAUGUGGAAACAUGAGGAUUUUCACAUUGCACCUAGAUUUGUGUGUUACCAAAAAUAAA